GGCGGUGCACCUGAGAGCCGACGCCCGGGUCCUCGAAGCUGUGCCCGCCGUGGUCCCCGCCGCCAUGAACCGCUUCAAGGUGUCCAAGUUCCGGCAUACGGAAGCUCGGCCGCCCCGCCGCGAGACCUGGAUCAGUGACAUUCGAGCAGGAACUGUCCCCUCAUGUGGGAACCAUAUCAAAGCCAGCUGCAGCUUAAUUGCAUUCAACUCUGACCGUCCAGGCAUGGUGGGCAUCGUGCCUCUGGAAGGCCAGGGAGAGGACAAGAGACAUGUGACCCACCUGGGCUGCCAUUCAGACUGGCCUUUUCUGGACGUUUCACAUAAAUGGAUUCACACUGGCCCACUGUGCCCCCUGCAGGAAGCCUCCCCGACCCCUGACCUUGGGGUCCCCACUGAGUUCACAGCCCGCCUCUUGCUGCAUUUGCAGAGAAACCUGGUCACGGACUUGGACUUCUCUCCCUUUGAUGACUUCCUCCUGGCCACGGCCUCAGCAGACAGGACGGUGAAACUCUGGCGAUUGCCUGCCCCCGGCGGGGCGCUGCCCUCAGGGCCUGGGCUGGUGCUGGGCCCUGAGGAUGUCCAGGUGGAGGUGCUGCAGUUUCACCCCACUGCAGAUGGCAUCCUGGUGAGCGCGGCGGGCAGGACCGUGAAGGUCUGGGAUGCCGCCAAGCAGCAGCCCCUCACAGAGCUGGCGUCCCACGGGGACCUGGUGCAGGGUGCCACCUGGAGCCGGGACGGAGCCCUGGUGGGCACGACAUGUAAGGACAAGCAGUUGCGCAUCUUUGACCCCAGAGCCAAGCCCGAGGCCUCCCAGAGCACGUGGGCCCAUGAGAACAGCAGGGAUGGCCGGCUGGUGUGGACAGGCACCCAGGAACACCUUGUGUCCACCGGCUUCAACAAGAUGUGUGAGCGUGAAGUGAAGCUCUGGGACGCCCGGCUCUUCUCUAGCGCCCGCACCUCCCUCACCCUGGACACCUCUCCCAGGUCUCUGAUGCCCCUGCUGGAUCCAGACUCCAGGCUCCUGGUCCUGGCGGGAAAGGGCGAGAGUCAGCUGUACUGCUAUGAGGUGGCCCCCCAGCAGCCGGCACUGAGCCCAGUGACUCAGUGCCUCCUGGAGAGCGUGCUGCAGGGAGUGGCCCUCGUGCCCCGGCGAGCACUGGCCGUCAUGGGCUGCGAGGUGCUUCGCGUCCUGCAGCUGAGCGACACAGCCAUCGUGCCCAUCAGCUACCACGUGCCCCGCAAGGCUGUGGAGUUCCACGAGGACCUGUUCCCAGACACUGCAGGCUGUGUGCCCGCCUCCAACCCCCAUGCCUGGUGGGCUGGUAGCAACCAGCAGGUGCAGAGGGUCAGCCUCCACCCAGCCUGCCGACCCCAUCCCAGCUUCACUUCCCAUCUGGUGCCCCCUGCAGAGCCCACCUCGGAAGAGGCCCAGCCUGCAGAGACACCUGUGGGUGAUGCGGACCCCAGCGAGGGCUUCUCCUCCCCUCCCAGCUUGCUGACCUCGCCCUCCACGCCCUCCAGCCUGGGGCCUUCGCUCUCCAGCACCAGCGGCAUCAGCACCAGCACCAGCCAGAGGUCCCUGCAAAGCCUGCUGGGCCCCAGUUCCAAGUUCCGGCACGCUCAGGGCACCGUCCUGCACCGAGACAGCCACAUCACCAACCUCAAGGGGCUCAACCUCACCACGCCUGGCGAGAGCGACGGCUUCUGUGCCAACCAGCAGCGUGUGGCCAUGCCCCUACUCAGCAGUGGUGGGCAGGUGGCCGUGCUCGAGCUGCGGAAGCCCGGCCGUCUGCCCGACACAGCACUGCCCACGCUGCAGAAUGGGGCAGCCGUGACCGAUCUGGCCUGGGACCCCUUUGAUCCCCACCACCUCGCUGUGGCUGGGGAGGAUGCCAGGAUCCGGCUGUGGCGGGUGCCCCCAGAGGGCCUUGAGGAGGUGCUCACCAUGCCUGAGGCCGUGCUCACAGGCCACACGGAGAAGAUCUAUUCUCUGCGCUUCCACCCGCUGGCAGCUGACAUGCUGGCCUCCUCUUCCUACGACCUUACCAUUCGGAUCUGGGACCUUAAGGCUGGAGCAGAGCGGCUGAGGCUGCAGGGCCACCGGGGUCAGAUCUUUGGCCUGGCCUGGAGUCCUGAUGGGCGGCAGCUGGCCACUGUCUGCAAGGAUGGGCACUUGCGGAUCUACGAGCCCCGGGAUAGCCCUGAACCCCUGCAGGAAGGCCCAGGGCCUGAGGGGGCCCGUGGAGCCCGCAUUGUCUGGGUGUGUGAUGGUCACUGUCUCCUGGUGUCUGGCUUUGACAGCCGAAGUGAGCGCCAGCUACUCCUGUACUCGGCUGAGGCCCUGGCCAGUGGCCCCUUGGCAGUGCUGGGGCUGGAUGUGGCUCCCUCGACCCUGCUGCCCAGCUAUGACCCAGAUACCCGCCUGGUGCUGCUUACGGGCAAGGGCGACACCCGCGUGUUCCUGUAUGAGCUGCUCCCCGAGGCCCCCUUCUUCCUGGAGUGCAACAGCUUCACAUCACCUGACCCCCACAAG